CUGUGCAUAUUUUCCCCAAACCCGAUAUGAGUUUUCGCUGCAAGAUGGUUGUCAUUUUUCUCGCCAGUUUUCGCAGCAGCUAUGUUGAUCUGUCUGUAGCACGGUCAGCUAUUUCGCAGUUCGGUUCGGUGAACGCCGGAGUUGUAGACGGGCCCGCUCGACGAAGCGUUAUUUAUUGUUGGAAACAGUUUCUAGUUCUAGUUUGUGGCUUGCAAUUUUACAAAUAUCAUCCAUAAAUUAGUCGAGUUGCAAGAUUUUCAUAAAUACAGAUCGAAACAGAAGCCGAAUCAUGUGUAUGAAUUUUCGGGUGCUGACGAGUUGAGAGGUAGUCCGUGCAUUAUUUUUUUUCUCUCUUGCUAUUCAGCCAUUUGUUUCACCCUACAUGCAGUUUGUUUCUUGCAUGUGUGAAAGCAGCUUUGUACAGCCUGCUCAGCACGUUUGACAGUUGUGCGGUGAUUUGCCCCCCUUGUACCCGCUGGGUCCGUAUGCGAUGCUAUCAAACGUCAAACGGGCAGCAUCUUCGGGUUCGUUCUGACGGGAACAGUGAAACCAGUGUGUUUUUCUUUUUCGCAGAGCAGCAAUAGUAAAUGAAAACAACUGCUGGUGCAUAAAUGUGGCCGUGAAUUCGAUUGGUGCGGUGUGUUUUCGGAACGGGGCGAAGGAUUUCCGAGCCUCUCCGGCAAGGCGUAAAGCGGCGUCCGGUGCCCGUCGGUACGUGCCUGGCACCAUGGAGCGGUUUUCGAUCAAUAUUCUUCGCCAGCAAGUGUACAACAUUUGCCGUCUGUGCGGGGUCGACAAUCCGGAUAAGAUUGCCAUACUCAGCGAGGAGGAGGAGGAUGUAAUUCUAGUAACGGAGGACGAGGAACCAUCGCUGGCCAAAAAGAUUGAAGAAUGCGUUGGAAUAAGGGUACACGCGAACGAUCAAAUGCCGCAAAACGUUUGCACCCUCUGCGUGGAUAAGGUGAACGAUUUCUACGAGUAUCGGCUGAUGUGCGCAUCGACAAACCUUCAGACACGCUCUAUCUUGAAUCUGCCCGUCGUGAAUCCUUCUAUUUCUUUGGUGAAAUCCGAAGUACGAGCCACACCGGAAUUGCCGCCGGACGAGGACACGGUUGACACGAAGCCUUCGCUGAAGCGCGGCCCAAAGACGAGAAACCGAAAGAAGCAGGAUGCGCCGGGGUCAGACGAGCCGGGCAGCAGCGAGGACGCCGAUACGAAACCGUUCCAGGAUGGGCCGACGGAGAAGCGCGUCAAGUUCGAGUUUGCCUGCCAGUACUGCAACGAAGCGUACAGCCAAAGCACCGAGCUGGAGCGGCAUCUCGUUGUGAAGCAUACGCCUCUCAUACACAAGUUCGGCUGUGGCGCCUGCAUGGAGUACUUUGACACGGCGUCCGAGUACAAGGAUCACAACCUGUGGCACAAGCUGAGCCGCACUACGUUCAGCUGCUUCCGGUGUAACAGAAAGUUUGUCAAAGUCGGCACGCUCAACAAGCACAUCGAGACGAACAGCUGCGUGAAAGGGCCCCGAACAGCGUACGACGUUGCGCUGGUGCCCGACAUGAGCUGCACGCUGUGCAACAAGGUGUUCAAAACGCGCAACCUCUACGAAUGGCACGGUUGCUUCAUGCGCGCCCGCGCCAGCUGUCCAAAGUGUGGCAAGCAUUUCGUGAAGAAAAAUCUGCUCCUCCGCCAUUACAUGCUGUACUGUACCGGCACGCUGCCGCUGAUCGAGCCGGCGUUUCUGCCGAAGAUUGAACCGGGCCCGCUGGCCAAUGGUUUGAUGGAGGGUGUGGCGGCGCGCGGUACGGGGCUACCUCCGGGCGGCACCAGUACGGAAGUGAAGCGAAGAGGCCGACCGACGAUACGGGAAAAAAUGAAGGAGGAAACGUUAGAGCUGCCACUUUCGCCCUCGAUGAUGAUGGACUCGCCGGACGCGAUGAAGUCGGAGACGAACUCGAUCGCGGAUGCGGACGAAACGCACGAUAACGGGAUGGAGGGUGAGCGGAAGCGCCUAAAGUCGACGCUGGUAGAGGAGACGGACAAAAUUACGACCCUGCUGCGCAGCGGGGCGACGGUCGAUGGCAAUUCGGACAUAGCCACCAUCAACAGCAUGCUCUCGUCGGUGAACGAAGCCAUCGCAACCAUUUCGAAGGUGCGCAAAAAGAAAAAGAAGCGCGAUCGUUCCGGUUCGACCAGUGCCGCUGAUAAGCCGCCGGGCGACACGACCAGCCAGCCGAUGGUGGUGCUAUCGAUGGCCAAUGUUAAGCAGGAAGCGCUUGACGAUUCCAGCUUGCUGGCUAGUUUAACGAACAGUGCAGGCGGCGUACCGAAUGGAAUGAGUGAGAGUGAGCCGGCACCAGCGGACGACGGUCGUCGCGAAAUGGAUGGUGAAGAAGCAUCUGCCCCGACGGUAAACCAUUACGAUACUGACAUGGGAGACACCGCAGAGGACAAUUUUGACCAUCACGGUAAUGAUGGUAAUGCCUCGGACACGGAAUCUGUGGCCAAUAAUAGUGUUGAAGUGAUCAACUUGGAUAGCAGCGACGAGGAGGAUGCGUCAAGUGCCGCGAGAAGCACACACCAACCGAAUCAUACACGAUCUCAAGCAGCGCAAAGCGCCGAAUCGAUACAGCCGACCACGGUGCAAAUGGUCGCGGUGAAACAGGAGCAACAUACGGACGGAGAGUCGGAUUUCGAAGGGUACGCGGAUGCUUCCGAGUACGUCAUGGUUAAGCAAGAGCCGUCGGAUGAAACGGACGCCAAUGAGACGGUUCCGAGCGUGGACGUGCUGCAAAGUUAUCCCGAUUCGUCAUACUCACCGUACCAAGCGCUGCGCAUAAAGAUCAAGAAGGAGAAGGGCUUGCUGAACGCGUCCGUGGUCAGUGAGGAAUCCGCUCCGUCGCAGGUGGCAACCACCCCGCCUACCACUGCUCGAAAGCAUAGCAGCCCGGGUGAAGGUAAAACUAAAAAGGCGAGCAAACCGGCGACGAAGCGAAACACUGUUCAGCCGCCGCCCCCGGUGGUCGAUGCGCAACCGGAACCGAUAGCGAUGGAAGUUCGCAUCAAGCAGGAACCGAUAGAAUCGUACGACGAACUCCAGCCACAUGCUUCCACAGACGGUUCGCCCUUCGAUAGUACGGUACGCAUCAAGCAAGAGCCGCAGGAUGAAUUCGCCCCUAGCACCCACAAUGAACCUCCGGCCGAUAUUGUCGCAUUCGAUGGAACACGCAUCAAGCGGGAGCGUGUCGACAAUGGGGCAGAGAAAGCGCAACCACCAUCCAGCAACGGUCUGGUCGGCAGGCAAGAUCCGUCACGAAAGGCGCUCAAUCCCUUGAGUCUUACGGGUGUCCGCCUGAGUGGGGGCAAAAAGUCGAGCCCGAGCGGCCAAUCGAGCGCAUCGGCCAGCGGCAAACCCAACGUGAUGAUUAAUCCGUUUGCCUUGCUGAAGCAAAAAUCGUCCGUGUCAGCGACCGCCGAGGGACAGGAAUCCGCCGCCAAAGAGAGUGCAGAAGAGCCUGCCGAGCGACAAGAAGAUCGGUACGCUUUGCCGGUGAUUUCGCAGGUCAAAUCCAUCGAUCCAAAGGACCACACAUCGUCGUUAGCGUUUGAGGCGUCCCCGGAGCCGUCAAAAGCGUUGGAGCAGGAGAAGGUUGAUACCGCAGCUGCCGGAGCUGCCGAUAAUUCUCGCGACACGUGUUUAGCAGACGAUGGUUCGGCCAGCUUACCGGAAGCGGUUGUAAAUAGUGUGCCAGUACCAGCAGCAGCAAAUGUGAGUGAGCUAAAAAUUGCCUCCGUAGCUUCGAUUCCGCACGCUGCGGAAGGCUGUGCAGUUCCAGGCCUGGACAAAUCGGAAUGCGAACAACAACCAUCAGCGAUAGAAGCGGAAGCAAGCGACGACAAUACUGUACAUGACCAAGUAAAUGAUUUGCCAGACCUGCAGGCUACGCAACCUGUGUCAGAUGUAGCAGAACGAGCGUCUGAACGGCCAGAGCAUUUAACUAAUCAUGAAUCAGAUGCAGAUGUUGAUCAGAAAAAUGAGACAGAAACUGCAAAACCAAAAAUCGGCUGUGCAGUGGAACCGGAGUCGCCCGUGUCUUCCACAUCGCCGGAGGAACCAGCACAGGUGGUAGAUGUUCAUAAAAAUGAAACGGAAAGUAGACAACCAACUGUGGAAUCGGAGUUGUCGCACCCUGUUUCUUCUGCAUCGAUUGAGGAUGCUACACAUGCAGACGAGUCCGAAAAUGGGGCAGAAAACGGUCAACCUACACGGGACUGUGAUGAAGAAGCACAACCACAUCCAGUUCCUGGGGAAGAGCAUAUCCCUGACGAUGUAUCAUCAGAGAGCGACGCUGCACCGUCAAUGCAUGAGGCUAAAGAACGAACGAAGCGCGAGCAACCUUCCCUAGACUGUGCUGUAGAAACGCAGCCAUCGCUUCCUGUUCCUUCUUCAUCGGUUGAGGAUAUUCCUGAUGUAACACCCUCCAACGAUGCUACGGAUGCUGCACUCGUGGAAGAGGACGAUACAAACGAGUCGAUCCAAACACCUGACUGUAGUGUGUCACUUCCUGUUGCUUCAAAAUCGGUUGAAAACAUACGUUCAGCGGAGAAGGAGGAGGUGCCCGUGGAAGAUGUUCAAAAGGAUGAACAAACAAACUGUGAGACAGAAACAGCUGAGUUUAGUGGUAACAAAGACAGCUCUUCCGAACUCGCCACUGAACCACAGAGUACUACAACCUCCCAACAGCCUGAACAGCAGCAGCAUGAUAGCAGCGUCAAUGCUUCUGAAACGACACAAGCUGAAGUAAAAAACCCUGUCGAACGGUCAGCCGAGACCGAUCAUCCCGAAACGCAGCCAGAGCGUCAUACUGUACCCAGCAGCAGUGAAGUUCCGGUGGUGAAAUAAUCAUCAACGUGUCCAAUUUGCCUACUCUAGCCGUAUUUAAAAAAAGGCGUUCGAAGUACAAUUCGCGCUUGGUGGAAGUAUUUCCUUAACCUCCUUCUCGCGACGUGACACACACUGCUUUGCGUUUCAGUGGUAGCAACUAAGACCAUGUAAUUAGAAUUCGCCACACAUGCACUCACAUUUGCAUUUUAGUAUUAGAACAUGCACUAUUACGGUUACAUGAUGAAAUCCGCCAAUCUGGUGGAUUCGAUUAUUAGAUACUACGCAGCUAGAUUUAACAUAUAUAUGCAAAAAACAGCAAAGAAGAGCAGAAAAUGAUAUUCCUUUAAGGAACGCAGCAUUUUCGCCGAACAAACCAAGGCGAUAUUAGCUUAUGGAGAAUGAUUUCGUGUAAGUAGCAGUUUAAAAAGAUGAUUAGGACUCACAGAAGCGAAGAAGGCAUUACCUGUAAAUGGAAUUAACUAUAGUUUUUCGUUUUAUUUCAUCACCGAUACAAUAAUGUAUGUCAUGUGUAAAAGCGAAGAAAAUUAGAAAUAUAUUCGAUAUUAGUAACCUUGGAAAAGAA